UAGCCUCUAAUUACAUCUUCUUCUUCUUCUUCUUCUUCUUCUUCUCUUUUUGUUUGGAAUAAUCUCACGAGAUAUAGCGUGCUGAUCAGUGAGCUCUAGAGUCGCUGGUUGGAACAUUUUGUUUACAAGGCUCGCUGUUUCCCCUGUUUCCAGUCUUUAUGCUAAGCUAAGCUAAACUAGCUGUGUCCUGGUCGUAGCUUCACCGUACACACGUGUGUGGUGUCGAUCUGCUCGUCUCACCCUAUCCAAGAAAGCAAAUAACAGAAAAGUUUAAUAAUAUUUUUUUAGAGAGAGUAAACUGGAAAAGUUUGAAGUUUCGAUGGGGAUCAAACUCUGAAGCGUUCCUCCUCUCUCUAUCAUCUCAAAGGAUCUUUGUUUUCUCCCUCAGGUGUGAAGUCUGCUGUCAACAUGUCCGACACUGAAGAACUGGAUCAGCUCGAGGCCCAGGAGGAGGUAGUAGAGGUAGAAGUAGCCCCUGAGGCGGAGGCCCAGGUGGAGGCAGAGCCAGAGGUAGAGCCUGAAGCAGAGCCCGAGGAAGAGGAAGAGGAGGAGGUCCAAGAGGAGGAAGACGGCUAUGAAGAGGAAGGAGAUCAAGAUGAGGAGAAGCCAAAGUUUAAACCGUCGGCUCCGAAGAUCCCGGAUGGAGAGAAAGUGGACUUUGAUGACAUGCAGAAGAAGCGUCAGAACAAAGACCUGGUGGAGCUGCAGUCGCUGAUCGACGCCCACUUUGAAUGCAGGAAGAAGGAGGAGGAGGAGCUCCUGGGCCUCAAAGACCGGAUCGAGAAGCGUCGUUUCGAGCGAGCCGAGCAGCACAGGGUCCGAGCCGAGAAGGACAAAGAGCGCCAGGCCAGACGGGAGGCCGAGCGCCAGAGGAAGGAGGAGGCCGACGCCCACUGGAAGGCCGAGGCCGAGGCCAAGAAGAAGAUGACGCUGAGCAGCAUGGGGUCGGGCUACAGCAGCCACCUGCAGAAGGUGGAGCAGAAGAGAGGGAAGAAGCAGACGGAACGGGAGAAGAAGAAGAAGAUCAUGACGGACAGAUGCAAACCGCUGAACGUGGACGGCUUCAACGAGGACAAGCUGAGGGAAAAGGCCAACGAGCUGUGGGAGUGGCUGCACGACCUGGAGGCCGUCAAGUACGACCACUGUGAGAAGCUGACGAGGCAGAGAUACGAGGUCGUGUCUCUCAGGAAUCGUAUCGACGAGCUGCAGAAACACAGCAAGAAAGGAGCCGCCGCGCGCCGCAGGAAGUGAGCGGCGGCCGGAGAAGAGGCUCCUCCCCCUCGGCUGCGGCAGCGGCUCGGGCCCGGAGCGACACGAUGAACUCAGCUCUAAUAAAUACAUUUUAAAAAUGUCAUUGACUCAGAUAAUAAAAUGCCAGAAUAAUUGAUCAA